UGGAGGAGCACGUGGCUGUAGUCAAUUUUUCAAAAUUUCAUCUAGCAACAACAACGUUCGUUAGCGUCCUUAUCGUUUAAAACAUCGAUGGUCUGCAAGAACUUCAAAUAAGAGGAGUAUUAAGAAGUGUAGGUAGAGAAGUAGCAAGAUCUUCCUCAAGGACAUGUUCUUCACCUUCAGCGCUCUCGUCUCUCCCUCACGUCCCGGCCGCAGAAACAGGAUAAAAGUCUAGUAAGUACAAGUUUUUGACUCUUGUUCGAGUCAGAUGAAUAACGCGACAUUCCAAAGCAGAUGAAGAACAAAAAGAUGCAAUCGCUAUCGAAAUACCUUGCCUAUUAGAAGAUUAUAUUUUCCUCUUUCAUCUUACAGCCGCUACCUUCAUUAACUUGUACUAGUUGUUUCAAUAUUGAGUUAAUGAAAAUGAAGGUUUGAGGCCAUCGACGACCACAACAACUUUUGAUAAGGUUGCUUGUUCUUGUUGAUGUCUCAAGGCUAAGUCUAUGUGUAUCAUCUCGACCUCCAUCUUCAAGCUGUUUGUAGUUAUAUUGCUAUAACUUUUUCUUUAUGCUAGAGUGAGCUACUUGUUUAGCGGGCCGUGUAACGUUGAAGAUUUUCAUUGAUGACGUUGUUUCUUCUGUAACACAGCAAUUUCCUUCCUGUCGCUAUCGCAUGAAGCCAAGUAGACGAUCGCAAAUCUUGAUGUUUUUCAAGGCUUCUCCUUCUAUUCUUGUCUAGCAACUCUCUCACCAUACUACAACCACAAGGUCGUGUACUAGCUCGUCGUGCUCCCUGCUUCUGCUUCAUCUACUACUAGUGGUUACAGAUUACUCAUACUACUAGUAGUAGUACUACUAGAAGAAGUGCUUGUGCUGCUGCGCUGCUGCUUCAUCCUCUUCUAGUGCUGGAGGGGGCGCAGCAACUGUCUCGUAGUCCAGCAACCUAUAUAUUACGACAAGGAGCAACGAACGGAAACUACGGUGGACAAGUAAAAAUAGUACACUACAACUGCCCAGAAGUGUGCUUCUACAAAGACGAGGACGACAAGCAACCUCUACAACCUCGGGAGAGGAUGAGCCGGCUAAACGAUUCGUAUUACGACCAGCAGUACAGCGGGAAUUAUCCCGCACCCGGCGCCGGGUCAUCACGCUAUUCAUCUAGCCAAAGUGGUACUAGACGUACAAAAAGUCGUUUGAAUUCAUCAUGUUCUUGUCAACUAGCUGCUUCUGCAGAAGAAAUUCAAGAUCAAGAUGAAUGUAUAAGAAUAUAAGAAGUCGACAACAUCUUCUACAACUCACUACUCGUUGACUAAAAUAAACUGUUCUUGUUGAAUUACAUGAUGUAGCAGCUACAUAAUAUGAACUUGAACACUAACAACAUCUAUUUUCAGCCGGUAGCGUAGCGGGCGGUGCAGCACCAGGUUCUUAUUCGAGCCAGUACAGUUAUGGCAAGCACGGUGAUGGUGGUCCUCCUCCUCCGGCAACCAGACACACAGCUCCCGCAGGAAAAUCAGGUGGUGGAGGGGGAAAACCUAGUGGAGGGCAUAGUGGAGGUGGUGGAAAACAAGGUGGAAAAUCCGGGUCAAAAGGCGUCGGCGGAGGUCCACCACGAGCAGGAGAUUUAAACGCCUCACCACCAAACUAUCCGGCCGCGUUUCCAUCCAAUAAUCCGCCAGGACAGUACCAUGGUACACCAGGUGGAGGUCCAACGUCUAGCUAUCCCAGCAGCCAUCCUCAAGGAGGACUGAUGACCAACGGAGGCGCUCAACAAGGACAACAUAAUCUCAUGCAGCAGGCAGGUGGAAGUGCAGGCUCUCAACUAAAUUCACUGGUGAAUGGGCAACUGAUGUUAAGGCGUGAUCAUCAUGUUGACAUUGUAAAUCAUGUCGUGUAACAGAAGUAACUACACUAGCACGACUACCUCCACCUGUACCUGAUCCAUUGAAAUAAUUGGAAAAGAACGUCGCCACCAGGACCAGGAUCUUCAUUCUUUUUUGUUCGCGAUGACUUUCCGUCUACCCCUUCGGUAAAAAAAUCCUCUAUCUUCUCUAAUAUCGUCCGGUGGAGCUGGUGCAGCUAAUGGUCCUCCCGCGCAACAACUGUUGUCCCAGCAACUACUUGGUGGUUAUCAGCAGGUUGGCGGAUCCACACCAUCGGACCCCACGCCUGGAGGCACAGCAGGAGCCCAUCAUCCACAGGCUGGGCUCUUAGGCGCAGGUGGCACCUCCAGCAAUUCCGGACAGCCCACUGCGGCAGCGCAGCAAGCGGCAGUAGCAGCAGUGUACCAGCAUUUACUGGCGACGGGGGCGGCGGCCAACAACACUGCGUCCUCCAAUGGAUCGCAGCAACUCGUCGGAGUCGCCCAACAGUAUUUGCAGAGUCUCGCCGCGGCUGCCAACGCACAGGGAGCGAGCACUCCUGGAUCGCAGUCACUAGUUAAGGCUAGAAGAAAUCCAUCUUCACAGGCAUCCUGACACCGUUUUCAAGGGGAAAAAGGUCCUCGGAUCAUGCGUCUCAAGAUGGAUUUCUCUUAGUUCUAAACUAGGUUUGCAGCAACUUCAGCAGUCCCAACAACCCAUGUCUCAAGUAAGCCAACCAGGACCAAUGUCACUACAACCACCUCCGUCGACCCCAGGAGCUACUUACUUAAGACUUCCAGAAAUCCAUCUUGUCCAGAAGCACCUUGGACCUCCCGCGUAAGGGGAAACGGAUCCAACUUGACCUUCAUCAAGAUGGAAUCCCGGAAGGUCUAACUUACCUUGGAAUGCCCCAGUCCAGCAUGGGGGGUCCUCCUUCCGUCUAUCCCCAAGCGCCCGCUCCUAGCAAUCAGUACCCUCCCAGCAACAUCAGUACAGCGACAUACGGAGCCAUGGCCUCCACUUUUGAGGACCCUUUCAACGACAAAUCAGUGCAGAACAGUGCGGUGGUCACACCAGGGUAAUGAACUUCUUAGAAUUUAGCAUGGUGAUGGAGAUGGUGAUUCUUCGUCUUCGUAGUACGUCUUGUAGUUCUUUUUACUUUCUUUUUUUCACUUUGUUCUCCAAAAUAAAUGGCUGCAACUACUCCUGGAAUGCAGUGCUAGAAAAUUAUCACUCGUCAUCUCACACGGAACAAUAUUUUCUUUCUCACAAGGGACAAUUACGACUCUCAUCUUGUUGACAGGUUCUACGACUCUCAGGGAAGCUGGAUACCGAAGUAUAUCGGUUAUUUGAAGAGCUACAACUCCAACCAGGGGUACGGAUUUAUUUCGUGUACGGAAACGUCAGCGAUUCAUAUGCAAGACGUUUUUAUUCACAGGUACUAACUUUUCUAGAGCCGGAUACAAAAUUUUAUUUUCUAUUUUUUGUUUUCAGAAAAUAAUACAUCAAAUUCAAAAUCUACAGCGAAAAUGGGAAUCAUGACGCUAGCAAAUCAUGAUCAUCGGCAACAUGAUCAUGAUGAUCAUGAUCAUCAUCACAACAUCUUUUUCUUCAGCUAAACAAAAUUAAUAUAGAUACGCCUCAACUACAAGAAAAUACCUCGACUACAGAGCUCAAGUCGAGGAGAAGAGCGGUGGACAGCCAGAGAUUGGGCAAUGGGUUGAGUUUGUUGUGAAGAACAACGAAAGAGGACAGCCUCAAGCUAGAAAUGUUGUGUGGCUUGAGGGAAAAAUCGACCCAAGUAAGAUGGAAGGUGCUGCGAGCCCAGCAAAAAAAGACUCAACAGGCAAAAACGGACAAAGCCGAAAUUGUAAGAUUGGAAAUUCUUUUGUUUUCUUCUUGGAAUCGGUGUGUGUUGAUGAAUGUGAACGUCGAAAAGAUUUUUUAAGAUCUUUCACCUUCUUGCUAUUGCUUUUCAUCUAAGGGGGUCUACCUCAUCUGAUCUUUUUCGAAGUCACGAACACAUCGAAGCGGAACAAAGUUUCUUCAAUUCCACAACUAACCGAAAACAGCGAGCCGUGGGAACGGUAGAGGACGAGGCGGAAAGGGGAAGUCAUCAUCUGGACAAUACAACAGCGUCAACGAAAGCAUGGAUUCUUCUAUUCCUGCAAGCGCCGUUGCGAACAGUACUAAAUUCGUGACCAGAUUCCAUCGUUGUAGCUUCAUUCUACUAAGAAGUAGGAUGAAAUAGUUGCUCACAUCUUCAACCAUCAUAUGGUUUCGCAGCACCUCUACCUCAGUAUCUUUCUCAUCUUCUUUCUUUCUUUCUUCAUCCUCUUCUUCUCCUCGUCAGUCAUGCCCACGUCUUCAACCACCUUCCAGGUACAGCUUCCAUGGCCUCGUCUAUGCCGAAGUUGUCUUUGAGCGAACAGUUAAUUGACAACAAAGUCUAUCAGGGGAGUCUCAAAUCCUUCUCGGCCAACUCGGGUUAUGGCUUCAUCCACUGUCAAGAGCUCUGGGACAAAUUCAAACGGGAUGUGUACUUUAAACUGAAACCACUACUUGCUUUAUUUUGGACAGUUCCUCUUCCUCAACAUCAUGAUGUUGUACCUCUCUACUUCUAAGUAGAUGAGUUAUUUCAGAUGAGCACAUGAACAACUUAAGAAGGAGUAGUAAAUCUUUCCGAUUUCACCCAAGAAGUAGAAGUAACAGAUUUUCAAAUUCCUUUUCUUCAGGUACGUCCACCGACAUGAAGUUCCGCAGGAACUGGACACACGAGCGGGUAUUACAUGCGACUUUCAAGCAAUCUUGAAUCCGAAAGGUCAACCGCAGGCCAAAAACGUUCACUGGCAUCAAAAAUGAGACGUUGGUCUUGAAUGAACUACCUACACCUGCUCUGUUGUAACUACUCGAGAGUGUUUUUUAUCAUCUUUUUUCAAAAGAAUGAGAACAAAGGUGGUAGUUCGGAAGGACGUUUAUCUAGAGCUGCUGAAUACAAGUAUCUUGGAAGACCGUUCUGAACUUGCUUCGAGAUUCGUCGUACUGAAAGAAUUCAUCAGAUAAUGAUAAACGUAUAGAAAACUACAAAUUGAAAUAACUAUGCCACAAGAACUUAGAGUUAUAAAUUAUCAAGAUGACCGUGGAAAGAAAUAAUAUCUUCGACAGUUGAAACAUCAACAAAAACUUUCGUUUUUAGUAUUUUUUAGCUUCUUGAAUCAGUGACAGUGCCGCUUUUCACUAGAAGUCGAUCUUUAUUGUUGAAGUUCGCUCUGUUACCUCAAGGAAUGCAUACUUCUGUUAUUCAUCUUGCUCCUGCUCCUGCGCCAACAACAUCGCGGUGGAGAAGGAGGAAGAGCUGUUUUGGGGUGCGUGCUGAUACACAGGACCACACAGUGUUGACUCUUAAGACAGGUCUACGUCAGCUAGUACAACAUGUUUCUCGGGCUAGUCUUACACCUCUUGGGCUUAAUCUUCUAUUUGUCUCUUCUACUCUCCUACAAAAUUUAAUUCAGCGACCACUCGAAGAACCAGAAAAUGCUCCACCCUCCAAAGACCUAUAAUCCCACGACUCCCUACUCCUGCUACCGCGACGACACGAACUGCCUAAAUUUGAAAUCAAAGCAAACCUUCUACUUGUCGUAGUUGGAUGGGUAUCUACUGUUGCAAUGGUACUAGCACGUACUACUAGCACAACUAAGUACACUCAUAUCAGAAAAUUGAUGGAGACAUCUUCGAGGUCGAGCUUGAGGUCGUGAUGAAAGUCUGGUCUAAUGUUGAAGAUAAAAAGAGAUUAAAGUUCCGAGUUGCUCCUGUCUGUCGUGAAGUAGAAGAGAUCUUGUCGGUAACAUGAUAAUGCGCGAUGAAGAAGAGGAAAACUACAAAUCUCGUCAAGGCAGAGAUUUGCCACUUGCAGAAAUA